UCGCUGAGCCACAUGCUGCAGAUCGCCACGCAGAUCGCGUCGGGCAUGGUCUACCUCGCCUCCCUCCACUUCGUCCACCGGGACCUGGCCACCCGCAACUGCCUGGUGGGCCAUGACCUGGUGGUGAAGAUCGGGGAUUUCGGCAUGUCCCGCGACAUCUACAGCACCGACUAUUACCGGGUGAGCGGGACCAUGCUGCCUAUCCGCUGGAUGCCCCCCGAGAGCAUCCUCUACCGUAAAUUCACCACCGAGAGCGAUAUCUGGAGCUUCGGCGUGGUGCUCUGGGAGAUCUUCACCUACGGGAAGCAGCCCUGGUACCAGCUCUCCAACACCGAGGCCAUCGAGUGCAUCACGCAGGGACGGGAGCUGGAGCGUCCCCGCACGUGUCCCUCCGAGGUGUACGCCAUCAUGCAGAGCUGCUGGCAGCGGGAGCCCCAGCAGC